AUGGCAAGUUGCACCUGUUUCCCUCUCUCUAGCUGCCUCAUCGCCCUUCUCUCCCUCCAGCUGCCCACAGAAGGAUCAGGAAAAGUUGACAAAAGGAACUUGGUCAUGCUGGGGACAAAAGCUGAGCUGCGCUGUCCUCUAUCCAUCUGGAUGAUCCCUGAGUCUGUAGAGGUGAAAUGGCUACGGACCCAGAAGUCCCAAGCUUCCCAGGUUGUUCACGUAUAUCGGAAUGGCCAAGAUUUAUAUGGAGAGCAGACACCACAAUACAAAGGGAGAACAGCCUUGGUGAAAGACAGCCAGGAAGACAAUUUCAUUCUGGAGAUUUAUAAUGUCCAACUUGAAGACCAAGGGCAGUACUAUUGUCAGAUCCAGGCUGGCUCUCUGAGCAAAAAUGCUACUGUGGAACUGGAGGUUGCAGCACUGGGCUUGGAUCCUUAUAUUCAUAUGAAGAGCUAUGAAGCUGGACAGAUUCAGCUGGUGUGCAGAUCCCUGGGAUGGUUCCCAAAGCCUCAAAUUCAAUGGAGAGAUACUCAUGGGGAGAUACUUCCAUCAGAAACCCAAUACCUGGAUAAGGAGGGGCUAUUCCAAAUGGAGGCUUCUAUUACUGUGAGAGAUGGAUCUCCAGGGAACAUGACCUGUUUUAUUUGGAAUGCUGCUCUUGGCCAAGAGAAGGGAACAACUCUAUUCAUAGCAGCUUUUCCUCCCUUGCAUAUCAUCCCCUCAACAGUGGGUCUGGCUGUGAUUCUGCCUAUCUUGGGGCUCCUCAUUGCACUGGGUAUUUAUAUCAUAUGGAAGCAACGCAGAUCUAGAGAGAAGCUUCUUUACCAACAAGUGGCAGAGAUAGAAAAUCUUCUCUCAGAACACGGGAGAGAGAAAGGGAGACUUCAUAAAGGACUCAAGAAACAUCGGGCUGAGCUCAAACUGAAAAGAAGUGCAGCAGAUGCAGGCUGGAGAAGAGCCAGACUCCACCCCGUGGAGGUGACUUUGGAUCCGGACACAGCUCACCCCAAACUCCUUCUCUCUGAGGAUCUAAGAAGUGUGAGGCUUGGGGACAAACGGCAAGAUGUUCCUGACAAUCCCAGCAGAUUUGACUUUGUUGUCAGUGUCCUGGGGUCUCCAAGCUUUACGUCUGGCUGCCAUUACUGGGAGGUGUGCGUAGGAGACAAAACCAAGUGGGUCCUUGGGGUGUGCAGUGAGUCAGUGAGCAGGAAGGGGAAGAUCACAGCAUCACCUUCAAACGGACACUGGCUGUUGCGUCAGAGUCGGAUGAAUCAGUACGAAGCUCUAACAUCCCCGCAGAUUUCCUUCCGCCUCAAAGAGAGCCCCCGUCGCGUGGGGAUUUUCCUGGAUUACGAAGCUGGAUUUGUCUCCUUUUACAAUGCGACCAACAAAUCUCACAUCUAUACGUUCACCCACGCUUUCUCUGGCCCACUGCGCCCUUUCUUUGAGCCUUGCCUACACGACGAAGGGAAAAAUGUAGCUCCUCUAAUCAUUUGUUCAGAAUCACAGAGCUCUGAGGAAUUCAUUAGCUCUAACCUAUCUCCUGAGAUUUCAAAAGGAGAUAAACUGACUUCAGGCAUUGGUAAUGGGAGCGUACCCACGAAGGCGGGCCGGGCACCAGAUCUUUACCCACUCCAGGACAUUGUCUCCUCCUGGCCCUCUGAUAUCACCCCAGCGCUUCAGGGGCUCAAGGCCCCGUUCUUUUAGUAAGGUGUGUCUCAUAACUGUGCCUUUACCCCCACUUCAGUCCAGCCCCAGUAUCCAUGUCUGUCAGUGUCUUGAUCCGGAACAUUAACUGUGGGUGUCUUGUAUCCUUACCCUAUGUACUCUGUAUAUACAUACAUUAAUACCUCAAAGAUCCAUGCUGGACUCUGUGGAGCCUUCCCUCACCACGGCAGGUUGCAGCUCCUCUAUAUUAACUUAAUAGAUGGACUUUGAGUAGUUCAGA